AUGUACUAUCUGAACAACGGAGUUCCUCCCUAUUCUGAAAGUUUUGCGACAUCACGGGCUUGCGGCCACGGUUCAACCGUUGCAUUGAACUCGUUCACGGCCGGGCAUGUCAUUCACCCGCGCCAACAUGUUGAAGAUGCCCGACAUGUCCACGGAGCAUUUAGCAAUGGCCACCCGCCAAUUUCAAACGACAUCACUUCCAGUCGUCGUCUACCUCCACUCACCAACUCAUACGAUGUACGUGCUAGGGAUGAAUCGCAGUAUUUCCUACCCGGCCUCACGCCAACGUCUCGCCACUCCCCGUUGCACCAGGAGGACGCUAGCAUGGACUCCCAAAUAAACCCAUACAGCCACCAUGUGUCUUCGUCUCUGCUAACAUUGCCGACCCGUCAAGUCGAACCCAGUAUCAAGUACGGCGGCAAUGAUGCAUCUACACAGGAUAUCAACGGGAUGUAUGGGACGGAUUGGAGCUACGAUACUGUUGCCAGAUACCAAGCCAUCCAGUCCGGGGGCCACAAUGACAAUCCGAGAGCUGGUGGCACAGCUUUCGUCCUUCGUCGAGAGCACAACCACCCGGUCCACAUACCGUCUCCAGGCAAGGUAGAGGACAGUUACCCUCGCUACAUAAGGUGGCCACAUCAUCCUACUGGCGAGUGUCUACUUCGCAAGGCUGUGUGCUCGAGUACGAGCGGCGAUGGAGAACCGGGUAGUCUCUCUCCCGUGUCCUACCCGGCCAACAUGCCUCAGGUACCAGGUUCGCCCAAUAUCUGUCAUCCUACCAUACAUCUCCCACCUCCUGUCCCUGUGCACACUCAACCAGCAUCGAAGACGGCCGCUCACAACCCAGCACGGUUGCCACCUCCACGAGAUGGCCCUUUACCGACACCACCCGUGGCCCCGGCCGGCGAGAUUAACCUUGUCGAUUCACUCGAAACGCUGCGUGCAGACGUUGGUCUCACCCCAGAUCAGCCGCUUAACCUGCUUUCUCUCCCCGACCGCACCGACGAUUGUAAGCCGGAGUACAGCUAA